GUCAGGGUUAUCUCGCCCAAGUACUUUCCUUCCAGUACCAGCUUUCCGUAAUUGCAAUAGAUGCAUGUUCACAUCAUGGAAGAAUUACAGAUGAGCGUGCACAGAGAAUCAGGAAACAUUAUGUUGCUAAGAUGCGUAAAUCGCAGUGUCGGAAUGAAUCUCCUGAAGUUGUCAUAGACAACACAGGCUUGAGAAUGCCCAAGACAGUCACAUGCCAUGUGUUGUCCGCUGACACAUUGACAGCCUUGAGUAACUCCUUGCUACAAAAAGAUCAUGUUGGUAGACAAGGUGUUGGUGAGGAUUCACAUGAAGGAUUUUAUGAGAGAAAAGAACCUUCUCCAUCUUAUUCAGAUAGCCAAUCUUCUUUGGUUCUUGCUGGACUACAUGCUUGUGGGGAUCUUUCGGUUACAAUGUUGAGGGCGUUUUUGGAGUGCAAAGACAUCAAAGCAGUGAUUAGCAUUGGUUGUUGCUAUAACUUAUUGUCUGAGGAAGAAGUUGCAAGUUCUGAUUCUCAGUGUGGUUUUCCAAUGAGUAAAGGCGUGAAAUCUACUGGCUUAUCACUUGGGAAAAAUUCACGUGAUCUUGCAUGUCAGAGUGCAGAGAGGUGGAAAGGUAUGGGAAAAGAUGCCGGUCUUCAUAAUUUCGAGUUGCAUGCUUUUCGUGCUGCCUUCCAGAUGGUUCUUUUUCGGUAUCAUCCAGAAAUUUUGGUUACUAGUCCUGCGAUAGGACGUCAAGGGAAAGCUUUGCGUCGCCAGCAGCAUCAGAAGAUGCUGAAGUCGACUCUGCAAUGUAAAGAAACUGCAAGUUUGCCCUCAUCCUUUUUUCUGGACAACUAUAAGAAGGAAGGAAGUUGGACGGCCAUGAAGUGCACUGAGACUGAAACAAUCUGUAAUGAAGGGUCAGCGUGGGACACUGAUGCCUUGUUACAGGGUCUUUCUUUUAAUCAGAGUUCUAAGAGUGAAGACACAAAACCUGACAAAUGUUCACUUUUUCAAAAAUUCAGUAAGUCUGGAUUAGGUCGCCUGGGUCUCAAUCCUUUGCAGGACAGUGAUCUGGUUGGAUUUUGGAGGGAAACUGAACCAUAUGCUGAACUUAUAGGGCCUUAUUGGUCUCUUCGGGCUGCUUUAGGGCCUGUUUUGGAAACUAUUCUUCUGCUUGAUAGGUUAUUGUUUCUUCAGGAACAAGGCAAUUUUGUGGAAGCAUUUAUGUUACCCAUUUUUGAUCCGAUGCUCUCCCCAAGGAAUGUGGCUAUAAUUGCUAAAAAAUGUUGAUACAUUCUGUCUGUUGGGAGAAAUCAGGAAAUACCAUUUUUUUUUAUAUUCAGAUGUGUUAGAACCAACCUUUUUCUGGUAAUGGAGGAAAAAUCUCAGAUUGAUAAUUAGUUUGAGGAAGCUCGUAUUUGACUCCCUGAGUGUGUCUGAGAAGGCAAGACUUAUCAAGCCCUAUGAUGGUAACUCUUGGAGUGGUGAAUGUGUUGAGUCAUGCUGUCAAAUAUUUGCUUUGCAUUCAGAGUGGUUCAGUGAGCAAUAGUAGUCUUAAUCCCAUCAGGUCUACUCAACAACCUACAUAUCUAGUUAUUUUAUUCUCACCAAUUCGAUAGGAAUAUGGAAUUUUAAUUUCUUGCUUUUAUUGAAUGGUGGUAACCUCUUGUAUCAAGCAUCUCCAUAGUACUAGGUCUCCUCAUCUAGGAUUUGGAUACAGUAUUAUUGAUUAAUUUCAUUGCAGAUGUAAUUCAAUUCCUCGAAGAAAAUUUCUUGGCAUUGAAAGAUUAGGCAGGUUGCAUGCUGGUACUACCUUCUGUUGACUAGUAUUGGGCCUUGCUUGGCUAUCAACAUGGAAGGUCUAUUUCCCUCAAAAGGAAAAAGAAUACUGGUGUGAAUAGUUCCAAAGCUCCUGCCAUCUUCUUUGAGGAUAUACCCAAAUGACAUAGCUUUUUUGUCUUUGUUCUUGGUUGAACUGUUUUUGAGUUGAUAUUGUUGAAGCAUCUUUUAUGUGGACUAAUUGGAUGUUGAACAACUUUAUUCUAAUUUAGGAAUAUUAACCAUUAGCAUGGACAUCUGUUGUGUUGACAUUAAUAGAAUGUCAUCUUAUAACAAGGAAGGGUCGUGUUGGGGACAAAAAACAGGAGUAAAACAGGUAUUGGUAAAGCUUCUCCGAAUCUCUUGUACGCUUUGACUUCAGUAUUAUGGGAAGAGUUUUGGUCUCUUGGACACAAAUUUGGGGCGGAUGUGAACUUUAUUUUUUAUGUCAUUUUGGAAUGGUUUAUAGUAGACAUCAUUCUUGCUAAAAAGGAGAUUGAGGUUGUAGACUUGGAAGGUAUGUCUCAUUUUCUUGCAUAAGGUAUGUUCUCAUGUGAUUCAUUUUACUGAUAUUUUACCUGAGAAUGGUAGUCUAAAUAAAGAUACAAAAACUUCUUUGCCUUUAUAGUUUUUUGUGGGGGAUUUAAGGGUUUUUAACUGUCAUAGCACUAUGUAGAGAUCAACUUUUGAUGUUUGGGUAGGUACCAAUAAGACCUUGGCACUUGGAAGGUUUUUCCACUUAUCCACUCCCUUGUUUGAGACUGUGCCCUACCAAACUUUUCUUUAGAUGUCUUUGUCGGCAUGCUGGAAUGACAAGGAUAGUUUUGUAUGUAUUCAAUUUGUUUCCUAACUCUUAUGUAUUGAUUCUCAAAUUCUUUUUUAGUUAUUCCAACAGGUUUAGAAAAAAAUAAUGAAUACCAACUUGCCGCUUGCUUUGCAGGGAAAUAAUAUCAACUUGGUACUCUGAAAUAGUUUAGUGAGCAAUUAGAGAAUGAACAUUAUAGUGAGAUGGUAGAGGUUUUUUUAAUCAGAAGAUUCAUUUGGAGAAAUUUAUUAUUUCAGUGCAUUUUAUACAGUUUAGAGCUUGUGUAAGGUUGGACGCCCUGUUACUGCCAUCACUUGUCUUGAUAUCACUAAGAUAGUAUGGAAUAUGGAUUAUCGAUUCGGUUUUUGUUUGCUUACAGAUGAUGACAUUUCAAGAUGGUACACGUGUUGAUCGUUGAAGGGUAUUUGUCUUUUUGAACAGAUUUUUGCUCUAGGUAUUUCAAGUGCGGAUAUCAAUUUCCAGGUAGUGUUCCAAGUUUAGAGCAAAGAUAACUUUAGACAUUGUUGUCACACAAGACAGAAGUGCUUCAAACGAUUCAAAGUAUUUGGAGUAAAAAUACAAAUGACCUCUCUACUUCAGUAGGUCGAGAUGUGGGUAUGUGAGAAGUUUGUCAAAAGUUGAAGAUUGAGGUCAAUAACUGAGUGAAAUCUACCUUCUCAAGAGCUUUCUUUGUCAUGGCUGAGUUGGAUGAUAGUGCCCUUAUUCUAAUCAAAACUAUCAUGAGGACUUGACCGGGUAAUCAAGGGAUGUUUCAAUGUCAUUACUUUUUAGAAAAGAUUGGAAACACAACUACUACUUUGUGAGUUGAGUGCAUCAGAAGUAAUAGUGGACUUUGAAUUCUUUUCUUUUCUUUUGCAAGUUAUACAUGGAUAAUGUUAUUGUAAGAGCUGG